AUGGCUGCUGAGAGAGCGAUUGGUGCAGUGAAUGAGUUGAUCAAAGAGGCGGUGCUGGCAGCAGUGAGAGAGGAGCUGGCUGCACACAAGGAGGAGGUGGAUGAGCUGCGACACAUGUUGACAGCGGUGAAGGGGGAGUUGUCAGUGGUGAAGGGGGAGUUGUCAGUGGUGAAGGGGGAGUUGUCAGUGGUGAAGGGGGAGUUGGUGGCACACAAAGGCACUAUGGCAGAACAAUGGGCUGAGAGUAGUAGGGCGUCGGUUGGAACAGGGCUGAGAGGGAAGAGUAGGAAGAGAAGGAAAGACGUGACAUCGGAGUGUGCACGGGAGGAGAGGGAGAGGAAAGAGGUGCAGGAGUUGAAUUGCCCACAUGCCAUGGAGGAAUUGGCAGCCUCUAAGGAAUGGCACAAGAUACAAGAUCGGAAGACGAAUGUUGAGGUGGAAAUUAGGAAGAGUGAAGGCCAUCUGGAGAAGCAGCCAUCAGCAGGGGGAAGCGGCCUUCAGCAGGGGGAAGCGGCCAUCAGCAGGGGGAAGCGGCCAUCAGCAGGGGGAAGCGGCCAUCAGCAGGGGGAAGCGGCCAUCAGCAGGGGGAAGCGGCCAUCAGCAGGGGGAAGCGGCCAUCAGCAGGGGGAAGCGGCCAUCAGCAGGGGGAGGCGGCCAUCAGCAGGGGGAAGCGGCCAUCAGCAGGGGGAAGCGGCCAUCAGCAGGGGGAAGCGGCCAUCAGCAGGGGGAAGCGGCCAUCAGCAGGGGGAAGCGGCCUUCAGCAGGGGGAAGCGGCCAUCAGCAGGGGGAAGCGGCCAUCAGCAGGGGGAAGCGGCCAUCAGCAGGGGGAAGCGGCCAUCAGCAGGGGGAAGCGGCCAUCAGCAGGGGGAAGCGGCCAUCAGCAGGGGGAAGCGGCCAUCAGCAGGGGGAAGCGGCCAUCAGCAGGGGGAAGCGGCCAUCAGCAGGGGGAAGCGGCCAUCAGCAGGGGGAAGCGGCCUUCAGCAGGGGGAAGCGGCCAUCAGCAGGGGGAAGCGGCCAUCAGCAGGGGGAAGCGGCCAUCAGCAGGGGGAAGCGGCCAUCAGCAGGGGGAAGCGGCCAUCAGCAGGGGGAAGCGGCCAUCAGCAGGGGGAAGCGGCCAUCAGCAGGGCGGAAGGGGAAGGGGAGGGGGGAGGCGAGCUAGGUAAGCUGGGGACAAGGGCGAACAAGACAGCAGAGUAA